AUGACGCAACAACAUAGCAGCAACGACUAUGUUGGGUUUAUGACUCUGCUCAAUCCCAAGGAGCGUAAACAUCUGCUCGAUAAUUUAUGUUCAAUUGUUUCGGAAUUUAUCGGAACGGGUAUGCUAAUGUUGUUCGGCUGUAUGGGCUGCAUGAACUCGGAAUUGUUUCCCAGUACAAAUGUUACAAGGUCACUGAACUUUGGUUUUGUUGUCCUAAUAAUUAUACAAUGUUUCGGCUGUUGUUCGGGAGCUCAUCUGAAUCCUGCCGUUAGUGUUGCUGCAUAUAUUUAUGAAUUAAUUUCGUUGCCGAUGGUUGCAGCCUACAUUGUUGCACAAAUUGUUGGUGCCUAUUGUGGUUAUGGUCUGCUCACCGUACUUUUGCCAGAAAAUCAAGUCUUUGUACCGGGUAGUGAUACGGGACUGUGUAUGACAUCAAUACAUCAUGAUAUCGAUGUGUGGCAAGCUUUAGGUAUUGAAGUGUGUAUAACAGCAACGUUAAUCAUUGUUUGCUGUGGUGUCUGGGAUCCGCGUAAUAAAUGUCAACAAGAUUCUGUGGCGAUACGUUUCGGAUUGGCAGUUGCAUGUUUGUCGAUAACAGCGGGUCCCCUUACCGGAGCCAGUAUGAAUCCAGCCCGUUCAUUGGCACCCGCUUUAUGGCACAAUGAUUUUCGUAAUCAUUGGGUCUAUUGGAUGGGUCCUCUGAUUGGAGCUUUUAUUGCAGCGCCCAUCUAUAAAUGUGUAUUCCGACGUGAGAUUGAGGAAAAAUGUGAAAGCACUCCAACGAAAAUGAACGAAGUUCAAUGUUCUUGA